AUGGCUCAGAUCGGGGUCAAAAUUGGCGAGGCGCUGGCUGCUGGAACGGCGUUCGUGUACGGCUGCUUGUACCUGACUGCAGCUUUGAUCUAUGCUGUCCAACAGAAAGAGUUCUGGUCCACGUCUAACGAUGAACAGAAGGCUCGAAUAGCGAAAGCAUCUCAAGAACUCUGGUCUCUUUCAGCAAAGAGCGAUUUCCUGUCGCACCAUUUCGUCACAUUGUCCGAUGGCAAGCAGUUGCAUUACCUCGCCCCUGUCCAAAGCCCGCAAGAGGCGGAGACUCUUAUCGUGUUCGUCCAUGGUUUCCCAGACUCUGCUCAUCUCUUCACCCGCCAACUUCGUUCUUCGCUUUCGAAUCGCAGCAAGCUGGUGGCCUUGGAUCUCCCUGGGUGCGGUGGCAGCGAUGACUUCGAGAAGUAUGGUCCAAACCAGGUUCUUAAUUCCAUUGCCUCCGCCAUUGUGAAACUCAAGCAACGGUAUCUUGGCACUGGAUCGAAAUAUAGAUGCAUCCUGGUGGGCCAUGAUUGGGGAGGUGUCGUGGCGUUUCGUAUCGCUGCAGAGGAAGAAGGCCUAGUGGAUCAUGUCGUGACAAUGAAUUCGCUUUAUCCGGCGUACGCUGAAGAGACCUUGAAAGGAUACCUCGCCCGUGGAUCCGGUUUGCUCAAGGAAUGGCGGUUCUCCGAAGGACGAAAAGCGCUGGGACCGGUUUGGUCGCAGAUUCGCAAGUCAGGCUACACAUAUAUGUUGACGCUCCCGUUGCCGAUUGCGAGAAGCAUGCCCCGUGUCACAGCUUGCCUAGUCAAGCCAGCGGAAGCACUGUCCGCUGCUGCAAAGCGCUUAUCCAUGGCGUACGGACCUGGACCCGCCGAUUGUGAUACAUCAACACCAGACGGCCAGACUUAUGGAAGUUCCGUUCUUGCUCGAUCGUUCACGAACCCGCCAGGAGACUGGGACCAGAAAGUUCGCUUAUAUUCCGAGGGCCUGCUCCGAGAGCGGUGGACGCCAUCAUUUCACACCGGUGAAGGUCCUGGAAAGAGUUCGGAAGGCUCGGACACGUCACCACAAAAGUUCAAGUGCCCUGUCAACAUCAUCUUUGGAAUGAAAGAUGUUGCACUGGACCCUCGUGUCGUCCUGGACGGGAUCGAGAAGUACAUGUACUCCAAGGAGGAUGAAAAUGACGAUGUGGCGGACGCCACACACACGGCAGAGAGGAUCACCAGACUGCCAGACUGCGGCCACUGGUCCAUCCUUGAAGACGAAGGAGUAAUCGCUCUGGACAAAGUGCUUCGCGAGAUCGUGGGAGGGAAUGGCAUAUAA